GGAUGACAAUCAAAUUGUAAACAUAACCUAACUUUUUAUUUAGAUUGUGUUCCAAUACAUUUUAUAAUGUUUGCAGAUAACAAUGCCCAAGCAUAAAAUGAUAGCGAAAGGUUGCCCGAAAUGUGACCAACAGGUACCCGUAGCGUGCAAAGCUUGCCCUUGUGGCCAUUCCUUUUUUAAUGCGAGGCGAAAUUCGCGUGCAUUAUCUCCAGGUGAGGAUUUACGCAGACGUACCCAGAGAGUACGCCGUGAAAAACCCAACUAUUACGAUUCCCUGGAGUACGACAAACAAAUCAAGAAGGUGAAACUGCGUAAUAGCGAAUGCGAGGAUGACGACAGAAAAGAUUUGGUUAAAUCGAAAAGGAGGCGAUUUAAAAAGGAGGAGGACGAAGAGGAGGAGCCCAUUGCUCCGUUAACGGCAGAGAAACAAUUGCAGUGCUCCAUCAUUUUGGCGGAAAUUAAUCGAAAACUACAGCUGGUUACUUGGAAACCUUCGUAGCUCUUGUAGUUGUUUGCCUGUUAGAAUUAGCAGUAUUUAUUGUUCAGGGCCGCGGCUGGUAUAUUUAAUUAUGAUGAUUUAAACAUUUUCUUUCUUUAUUUCUUGGAUUCAAACGGAGAACAUUUGAAUAACUUCAUACAUGUACUGCUAUUUUUAUUAUUUAUUAUAAUAACAGAAAUUAUCACAAUUUCUCUUAAACACUUCUGGAUCACUAUUCCAAAAAAAUUAUGUUUCAAAUGGACCCCCAGGAUGCGAGUGGGCCACGGAGCAUUUAUCCGAGCUAACCCCCCAUAUCAGCGGCCCUGAUAUUGUUACGAUUUGACUUGUAUAGAGUACUGUGAAUAAUUUUUUAACACAAUUCUGGUAGCUUACCAAAUGUAGGUACUGAAAUUUUUGAGCAC